AUGGUCUCUAUGGUCGAGACCACCCAUCCUGAACAUAAUGACACGGGCAUGGACCCGGUCGUCCCCAAGUCGGAGCCGCUGCCCGACGGCUCCAUCAGCUCGACGGUGUCCACGCCCGAUGCCGAGGCGGAGCCCUUGACGCAGGACACCGCGCAGACUCAGAAGCGGAAGGGUGGCCGCAAACCGAUCUAUGCCACCUCGGAGGAGCGGAAGCAACGCAACCGCCAGGCACAGGCUGCCUUCCGAGAACGUCGCACGGAGUAUAUUCGCCAGCUCGAGACGACUAUCAAGCGCAAUGAGGAUUCCUUGCAGAGUUUGCAACAGAGUCACCGCAGCGCGGCCGAUGAGUGUCUGAUGCUACGGUAUAAAAACUCUCUGCUGGAGCGGAUCCUGCUGGAGAAAGGCAUCGACGUCCAAGCCGAGCUACGGCUAAAGACUGGAGCUCCGGGAUCCUCGGCCAAGCCCAACCCCAUGCCCUCCAAGUCCGCCCCAGGGCCGGCGGCUCGCCUCGCCCAGAGACAUCCGGCAGGUAUCGCCUCCAAGCCCGAUGCCUUUGCCAUGUCCCAGCGUGAUGGUGUCUACGGGAUCCCAUCGCCGCAGUUCCAGGCUACCCCCAUCUCCCAUGUGUCGUCGCCAUCCCACACUAAGUCCCCCGGCUUUGGUUUCCAGGGUGCAAUGUCACCUGUUGGCGUGGAGGCCCAGGGGACGGGGCGUUCGCAGGUCCUGCCUCAGCCGCGGACUUUCAACAACCACACCUCGCCCCCAGCGAUCAGCAUGCCCCAGACAGACCCCAGCGAGAAGCCUCGCGGGCCCCGGGGCGCGCGGGUAGCGGCGGCCUAUUACCCAUCUCCGUUCCAGAAGCACUACGAUCAACUCGAACAAGAGUACGAUGCGCAGGCCGAUAUGGUCGACGACGACCACGACGGCUCCGUCCAUGCAUCCUAUGUUCCGGGGUUCACACCACAGUCGGUGGCCUCAGGCUCGCACAUGACCAGGUACAAUCCACCCGACGGAGCGCCCGGAGACUUCGGCAAUGCGAACCAGCUGCUGGGCCAGUACGAGCCCAUGAUGGACACAGAUCCAUUUGGGUUGAGUGCCAGCAUGCACUUCCCGACGCCCUUUAACUACGAUCAGAACCAUCCUCGCUCUUGA